AAGAAGGAAGAAAAGCCCAGUGCUCCAAGUUUUCCUUUCGCGGUUGUGCAAAUUUUCCGGGCCCGAGUGAGCUGAAAACGCCAUUCAACGAUCGGUUGUGUAGCUUUGGCGGCAUUUUUCGAAACACGCUCUCCGUGACGCGGCAACCGUUAUUGUUAAACAACUUUUGGCUGCUUAGUUUAUUUACCUUUUACGCACAGGCCCCAGUUUGUGUUGGUGGUGGUGGUGGUGGUGGUGGCGGUAGGGACAGGCAGAUCCUUUGGGAUCCUGCGGGAUUGCGCAAAGUGAGGGCGAAGAAAAAUUAAGCAAAACCAAAACGAAAGGAAACUACGAGUCACAGUUUUUCUUUUUUACAAAUAUUUGCUUGUUCCCUGCUUCGUCUGCGGGGUGGCUGUGGUUUUGUGCUUCUAGUAAAUCCAGUAGGAUUUGCCGGAAAGUGUAUUUCCGUUUUCCGAAUUCAUUCAGUUCAAGUGCUGUGUAUCCUACGGGGCUAUGGAUGGUCAGCUGGGGAAUGGAAAUCAACUAUCAAUUGCGAGUCGGCCUGCGGAAGCGGUGGAAGUGAACCAACCUACCACGGAUGUUUCCAACCAAUCCACAACUCCGCAAACCAUCUCAAACGGCAACAGUGGCACAAAUGGGCAAACCAAAGAAUCUCCCGGCACGUGUCUAAUGUGCUUACAAUCGUUCGACGAGCUGGGCUCCAUCGGAUCGGAAUCACCGGAGGAACUGAAGCGGAUAGUGGACAAUAUUUUCAAAAUUGCCAAAAUAGAGGUUAAAGCCGUCAAUGGAAAGAUAGAACCGUUGUGUAGCGGAUGUCGCGCCAAACUUGGCUACGAUUACGAUGAGGAUGCGUACUACGAAAUGCUUAGCCAGAUGUACAGCAAUGAUGCGCAGAGUAAAACCUGUACCAUCGCCAUGCAGAACGGCGUACCGGUGCACAUAGCGAUGCCCUGUGAUGGACAGGGUUUCGAGUCACCACCAACGCCCGGUGGUAUCGAUGGUCACUACAUCGACGCUGCUUGCGGUACGUUUGUCGUGACGGAGCUCGGUGUCGAGGCCCUGAAUGCGGACAAGGAUGAUCUGGUGUGUGCGAUCUGCUCGAAGGCAUUCAACUUCAAGUCGACACUCCGUUUGCACAUCCGGAGCCACCAUCAAACUGCGCCGCGUGAAACGAUUGAGCUGCCGAAGCACACACGUAAACCUCGCACCUACGAGUGCGUCGAGUGCAAUCUAAGCUUCAAGUUGAAGUACGACUUUGACAAACACAUCGGAAGCCACAAGAAGCCGACCAUGCACCAGUGCGAGGGUUGUUUCAAGCUGUUCAAACACAGAUCGUACUAUCUGAUGCACCGGAACUUGAAACGCUGCAAGGCACAACUGUCUCUCGAUCUGAAUACCUCGGUUGGCGAGGAUUUGGGUGUCGUCGUUCCCCCGGCCAACGUUCCCCCAGCCACCAGCACAAGUAGUCGACGGCGAAACGGAGCGGCCAAGGCAAGGACAAACACUGCAUCGAUCAGCUCUGUAUCAGCGCUACUACAGUGCAAUCCGGAACUGGCAAGCCCACUGACUGAUUGUGGCAUUCGGAAUACCAGCUAAGGUUUCCCGUGCUCCGUCUCAGACUAGAUUCGUUCGAACAUUCUACCGAGCGUCCGUAGGUGACGCUACAAAUCCUAAAAAUCCAGGUUAGAUCUUUCGCUGGUAAACGAUUUAGGUUCCUACAGGGGGCGGGCAGGUUGUAGUGAGGCGCUUGAUGUACAUUUUUGCGAAGCAUCUUGAUCGAUGGUUCAAUUACUUUUAAAGAAACUUUUUCGUAGUUUACGCGCCGGAACGGACUAGGAGUGGUCGUUUGUCCGUCGUUGGAAGCUACGUACGAUCUUAGUACAUCGCAUUGUAAUGUAAACUUUCCAAAGAAAUCUAGUUAUGGUAACGCGUGUGGCCAUUGGAAUUAUUUUUAUUUAAAAUUAGGAAAUCCCAUAGGUUGUAGCAGAGAGGGUGAAUAAUUCGGUCAUAUCUAUUCUUUACCCACCGAGGAGCUUAUUUUAUUUAAAUUAUGGUUUUAAAAAACAUAUUUUAUUUUAUUUUUAUUUAUUUUUUAACUUUAGUGAAGCUAGUCUUAUAGUAUCAAAAUCGUACCAAACGUUUCAAAUCCAACCGUACCAUUAAAUUUAGUUCGUUCUUGCAAAUACUUUUCCUCGGUGUCCUGUUUAAGUAAAUCGCAAAGGAUCUGCAUUUCGCAUCAUGUGUCUCUACGUGUGUCUGUGUUCGUAUGUGUGUGUGUGUGCCCGUAUGUGUAUUUGUAGGCUAAGAGCUGGGCAACUAGAAGGAUGUGGAAUUGAGGAAAAUGCUAAAAAUCGAGAUGAAUCGGCAAACACUUUCCCUCUUACAUGAUCAUACGCAGAGAUGAUAUUGCAUCAAUCCUUCGAUCAAUUUUAACAGUAGAGAUAUAGGCAGCGAAAUGAUUGGAAAGCCAGUCAGUGAGCUAUUUGAGGAAAAUUUCUAUCUUAAACUUUGCCAACUAAUCGUUAAGUUGAACAAACUUCUUCUACCUGGCACCGUCAAAGCUGGGAAUGAAUUCAAUCAACUGAUAGUAACGGAAAGGAUCGUUCGAUCGUCUCAUUACCAAAAUAUGCAUGGACAUUAAAUCUUACCAAGCUUAAUACUAUUAAGAACACCCUAGGAUCACGGAAUGCCGUUUACUUCGUACGUUUACCGUCGUGGCAAGGGAUGGUGUGAUCAAUUGAAAAAUUAUGGGCCGAUUUCGGCCCCGCAAGGCUAUGCUCGGCUAUCGGAACAUCCGUUUUGCCAUGUGAUGAAGGUGUCAUAUACGAUGGAAUUUACAACUUAAUACUAUAAGUGUAUAUCUAUGCUUGUAUGCAUAUGGUAAAUAAUAACGAAGGUGAGGGCAAAACCAAGAGGAAAGCCAGAUGAAAAACAACAUUUUAGGAAUAAAACAGAAAAACAAAAAUUAAUUUAUAUCUUUGGA